CCUAAUCUCGCAUUCUUCUACAGAAGCAGAUGGCGCGAAGUCUACUGGCAGCAAGGCGCCGAGGAAGUCAGAUCCCGAGACUAGCGGCGUAAAGAAGCCACACCGCUUCUUUCCAAGCACGAUGGUGUUGAGGAAGAGAUCCAAAAGUACCAAAAUAACACGGAGUGGAUGAUCAUGAAGUUGCUGUUCCGGCAUCUGGUGCGUGAGAUCACGUAGGACUUCAAGAACAGAUGAAGCAGAUGCUACAAUUUCAACCACCCCAUGAAGCUGAACACCGACAACUCCCUGCACCAGCCAUGCCUCCAUGCCACAACCUGCAAGACCUCACUGGGGAAAAGAUCCAUGUCCUUGUCGGGCCAGGAUCGGUAAUGCAACUAAUGACAUACACGACGUUUUAAUGGCCGAGGAUGAGCUCUCUGAUGAACUCUCCGAUGACGGCAUGCAAGCAGGGGAGAAGGAGGCGAUUGAACACGGAAUAGGCGAGGGCACUAGAGAGGAGCUUCGAGCUAUAGGGAAACAAACUGGAGUCAAAGAGGAAACUACAGUUGGCUACCGCGCUUGGGCUGCAUCUAAGGCAGGUGGCCAUUUGGUUCCAGAACGGGAGGGCUACAUCUCUGAAGAAUAUACAAUUAGAUUUUCUUCUUUAAUGAGUUGAAAAUUAUUUUUAUA